AGCGUGUAAUUUUUUGGUGUCCCUUGUUGCCUGUUUUUUUCCCUCUCAUUUCGAAUACGGAACCAUAUAGACGAACAUAUAGAGAAAAAACGAACACAGAUUUCAAAUAGAAAUAUGUGUUUUAAUUCUCUUCACACAUACACUUGAUCAGCAUCACAGUAAUCGCAAGACAUCAAUGCGAUCACUGAUCACAAUACAAACAAAGUCAGAGAAGAGAGUACUGUGUCUGUUUCUCGUCGCAAUUCGUUAUUAAACGUUAUCUUCUACCGUUGGUUUUUUCUUUCUCAUUUCGCACAAUCGUAUCCAUCUCGCGAGCGCGGGAAUGGUAUUCUUGUUCGUUUCUUUCGAUCAUUUGCGAUUUUUCGCUUAAUUUAACUGUAAUUUAAGUCAGUUGAUCUUUAACCGUUGCACAGCUUAGAUCGGUAUUUCUUUAUAUCUCGUGAUUCGGAUUAGAGUUGAAAAAUCGUUUUUUAUAGUGAUCUUUUUCGAUAAAGUGUUAGUCGUUAUCGUGCUUUAAAUCUAAUAAACAUUGCUAAUCAGCUACAAAACAGUCAUAUUAUAGUGAAUGGCAAACAGAAUGCUACCUAAGAGUGUCACUGUGCAUGUGAACUUGAAAUAAAUAGAAAAACAACCGAAAUCGGAAGCAAAAAAAAAACUAUGCAAAAAAUGUGCGACCAACAAAAAAACGAUUCGCAGUUAUUAUUGUGAAAAAAGGGAGGAAGAAGAAAAACAUCCAAACCAACACAGAAAUAAAAAAAAAAACAAGUGAUCACUGAGAAACAAAUUGAAUAAAUUACGCAAUGGAAAAUUUGGGAUAUCGCGAAGGAACGUCCAAAUUGUCGAAACAUCGACGCAUGUCUCGAGCGGCGAGUCUGGCCGUUGAUGCCGAAGGAAUUCCAUUAUCAAGAUUCAAGCCGACUCAGUCGAAUAUGGUCCGUUGGCGAACGAACAACGUGGAUGCCAUGCUUGAAGAACAGUAUCCAUCGUCGGGCAAUUUUGAAUAUAUGGAGUGUGGUCCAUCGCCACCGGCUGAAUCAGCGCCCAGCAUGUACGACAGUUUCGAAGAACCCAGCUCGGAGUUGAGCGUACAAAUAUGCAGCGAUACGAUUCGUGUGAAUUUAAUCGAACAAAUGAAAAUGGUCGGCGGUAGAACGAGAAUACUUGAAGACAUCGAAUCAUUCGAUUCAAAUACCGAAACAUGGAAGAUUACGGCAAACAAUAUUCAAUUGUAUAUGGAAGGAGCGACCAAAGGUGAAAAGAAUAUCGCGUUCUUGUGGUCGACGUUUUUGAAGCGAGCCGAUUUACUGGACGGUUUACUGCGAGCCGGUGCCGAUUUGCAUUUUUGCGAUCCAAAUGGCAUCACUGGAUUACAUCUGGCUGCGUUCAGUGGAUGCGUUGAAUCAGUGAAAUUUUUAAUUGAUCUUGGUGUUGAUGUGCAAAGUCAGCCAAAGUGCUAUUCACCGCUGCAUUGUGCCGCAUUUGGUAAUUCAGUUGCUACGGCCGAAUUGCUGAUACGAAAUGGUGCUUCGAUCACAACAAAUACAAACAAAGCCAAUUGUGAGGAAUCGCUGUUGCAGUGCGCCGUUCGGGCAAAUGCAAUCGAAUGUGUGCAAUUGUUCAUCAAUGAAGGUGCUGACGUGAAUUCACUCAAAGCUAACGGAACGAAUGCAAUUCAUUUAGCCGCCGAUUUGGGUUUGCACGAAUGCCUGCGAAUAUUGUUGGAUAGUGAAGGUGCCGAUCCGAACAUAAGGAUUUGUAUACGUGAAAAAGAAUCGACAGCUCUGCAUUUGGCAUCGGACGAAGGAAAUGUGCACUGUGUUAAAUUAUUGCUUGCCAAAGGUGCUGAUGCAUCGUUGAAAAAUCAUCGCGGUUUUACGGCACUGCAUUUGGCUUGCCGCACCUCGAGUUUGGAAUGUGUCAAGGAAUUAUUGGAAAAUGGAAACGCCGAUCCAAAUGCAGAAGAUUUUGAUCAACGGAUUCCCUUGCAUGCUGCAGUCAGCAAGUGCGAAUCGGCAUUUAGUAUUUUGGAAUUGCUAAUUGCCAAAGGGGCCAAUGUCAAUCACAAAGAUGUAUACGGGUUUACGGCAUUGCAUUUGGCCGCACUCGACGGUUUGGCUCAAUGCGUUGAGAUGCUGAUUUUUUAUGGUGCGGAUGUGACGACAAAAUCGAAGAAAGGAACUACUGCAUUGAAUGUUAUCACGCGAAAAACACCGACGUCACUAGCAAUGAUAACACAAAAAUUGGAUGCCGCAAUCACGCUACACCAAUCCCAAGAGAAUGCAACACGAGAAGUCGAACUCGAGCUGGACUUUCGACAGUUGCUACAGCAUUGCCAUCCAAGAGAAAUCAGCUAUUUAAAUACGUUCGUCGAUGAGGGCCAAAAAGAAUUUCUUGAGCACCCCCUUUGUUCUGCAUUUUUGUACAUCAAAUGGGGAAAAAUUCGAAAAUAUUAUAUCGGCCGAUUGGUGUUUUGCUUCUGUACCGUUCUUUUCCUUACGCUGUAUGUUUUGACUGCACUCGCACACACCUGCUACAAUGGCAGCAAGCUCAUGAAUGAGACGAUUAAAGACCAGGAACUCUGUCAAAAGCAGUCAAUUUUGGGCGAUUUACUCCGAACAAAUCCAUUUGUGAUUGAGAUGCAAUGGUGGGUGCUCGUUGUCAUCAUUAUAUUUGAAAUAUUUCGCAAACUCUACGGUUUAACGGGAUAUACGUCGGUGCGUAGGUACGUUUCACAAGUGGAAAAUAUCAUCGAGUGGUUCGUCAUAGUAAGCGUGUUUCUUACAUCCUACAUUUACAACAAUCGAACAGAUAUCUGGCAAAAUCACAUAGCGGCCUUUGCCGUGCUUUUAGGUUGGACAAAUUUAAUGCUGAUGAUCGGUCAGCUGCCGAUAUUUGGUGUGUACGUAGCCAUGUAUACGAAAGUACAGGGUGAAUUUGCUAAGCUAUUCAUGGCUUAUUCCUGUAUGCUGGUGGGAUUUACAAUAAGCUUUUGUGUUAUCUUUCCGUCAUCGCCAGUGUUUGCGAAUCCCUUGAUGGGGUUCAUUACCGUGCUUGUUAUGAUGAUUGGUGAACAAGAUUUGAGCCUACUAACAAAUGAUCCGGAUGGCAAAGAUCCGCCCGUUUUGCUGGAGAUUAGUGCUCAAAUUACAUUCGUGCUAUUUUUGUUGUUCGUGACGGUGAUUCUAAUGAAUUUACUGGUCGGAAUUGCUGUGCACGACAUUCAAGCGCUGAAAAAAACGGCUGAACUCUCAAAAUUGGUGCGACAAACCAAACUUAUAUCGUACAUUGAAUCGGCUCUAUUUAAUCGCUAUUUACCCACAUGGCUGCGAAAGUUGCUACAUUACACUGCAUUGGUGUCACCGCAAGCGUAUCGCGUGGUAUUGUGUGUAAAGCCGCUGAAUCCGGGUGAAAAACGUUUGCCCAAGGACAUUUUGAUGUCAGCCUACGAAGUUGGCAAGCAACGGAAAUUUUUCGAUACAACAUAUAUAUCGAAUCCAAACACUUAUUCACCGCACUACGCACAAAAAUACAAAAUGAUGAGUGACAGUACAAAUUUUUAUGAUCGCAUCAAUGAAUCGGACUAUGGUUUUGAUACGGAGAGUGUGGGAACGUUGUCCAAUAAAAUCGAUGACAAUGCGGAAAAAAUUGAGGCGCUCACCAAAGAAAUAUCCGAAUUGAAAAUGGUUCUACAGCAAAAUCAUCAAGUCAUUGAUCAACUGCUAACCGUCAUCACAAAUCAACAUAAAAAUAGCCUGAAUCGAAGUCUUUCGCAUUCGCCACAAAAUUCAAAUACAAACCACAUUAAUAAUAAUAUCAGCACAUCAAAUAAUCGGCCACUCAACAGCAUUUGUCACAAUAAUAUCGGUAAUAGAAUUCAAUCGGGCAAUGGCAACGGUAAUAGCAACAACAACAGCAGCAACAGUACCAACAGCAACAACAGCAAUGGCAACAGUGAACAUGCUAAAAACAAUCUGAAUAAGAGCAACGCCAACCAAACAAAAAAAGAUUGAUCGAAUUCAACAAUGUUUAUAUUUUCAAUGGAAAAUUACUACGUAUCACAUAUACAUAUGAAUCGUGAAUGUGCCCUUAGUUUACUUAUUUAAAUUUAUAGAAUUACAAUUCCAUAAAAAGUGUGAAAAAAGUGAUAAAUAUGUAGAUGAAGGAACAAUGGCAAUUGCCCCAACAAUUAAACCAUAUUCAUUGACAUAAACGAAAACUAUAAAAUAAAACUUCAAACAUUAAGAUAACCAUAUUAGAGAAGUAAACAAACCAAAAUUUGAAUGGUUCCUUUUAUUCUGAGUUUGAGAGAUGCAUUGCAACAAAAUUUUAUACCGUAUUUACGUGACCUAAUGAUAGUACACUGAAUAACAAUGAAUACUAUUGAAAUAGAACUGUGCCAAGAAUAUGAAGUCGUCGACAUUUCUUCGUCGGCGUGAAAAAUGAGGAAAACAAUUAAAUAAAAUGAAAUUGUGAUAUUUUUCAAGCUUAAACAAGUGUCAAAGUAAUUUAUACAUAUACGUUAUAUUACUGUAUGAUUUUUGUUGAACUUUGGCUAUAUAGUAGCAUUUCGGCUAUUUUUACAAAAAAAAAUUAAUAACAAUACAAUUAAGUGAGUUCGCAGUUAAGUUCUCUUAUGAUUAAGUCAAUUAUCAACUAUGAAUAAAUAUAAUUAUUUAAUAAGCAGAAAAAA